GUGUCUUGCGGAGGGGGAGCAGUAGGACAGCAGGGCGGGACAGGUCGGGAAAGCCUCACCUGGUCCGAGCGCUCAGGCUGCCCUUCAUGCUGCAGGCGGCGCGGUCGCGCCCACAGCUCCGCUGCAAGGGAGAGCGACAAGGUUAGCGACGGCACGGCGUGACAGCCGCACAGGCGAACGCCCCCGCAGCCGCUCGAGACAGAGGGAGACCGGGAGGGACGCACCAAGAACCAGGCGCGACCAGCGCCUCCGCGCCGCCACAGCCUGCGCCGCCAUGACACCCGCACCGCCACUUCCGGCCGCGCGUCACUGCCGCCGGCCCCCCGCUGGCCAAUAGCAGCGCGGUCUUCCCGACCCGGGACAGGCGAUUGGCGGCAGCCCGGCCACGCGCUUCCCCCGGCGGGCUGUUACCCGCAGUCCCCGCUCCCGCCAUGGACGCUGCGCCUCCGCGGGGCGGCCCCGCGGCCUCUCUUCGCGUCCUGCCGCGGCCGUGACAGCCCCACGCAGCCUCCGCGCAGCCCCGGCCAUGGCGGAGCCUCGGCUCGCCGUGCGGAGGAAGAGCCGCUCCAGCUCGGAGCGCAAGCGGGGCCGGGCCCCAGUGCAGCCCGUUGCCGCUAGCUCGCCGGUGGCUCGCAAGAGACCGAGCUCUGGUGGCGAGCGGCCCCCGGCGGAGGCCCCGUGCAGUAACGAUAGCGAGGAGGAUAUGUUUGGUGACUAUGACAGCUUUUAUGGAAACGAUUCCUUGAUCACUCAAGUGGAUGAUGCUGAACACAAAUACCUGCAGGAUAAAAAUACGGAUGUGAAAGCAGCUGGAGAGAUGCUACUUGGGAACCUUCAGUCAGGAGUUCACCAGAAAGAGCAAGAUAACUUCUCUGCUUCACAAAAUCUGGUUGUCCUUAAAAGUGACAAAGAGGGUGCCUGCCAAAUGCAUGACAGUGACCCAGCUGAUGGCAAUCAAAAAUUAACUGAGUCUAUUUUAGAUGACUUGCCAUCGUCACAACUCCUGUAUUUUGAAAAAAUGGAUGAACUUUCUUCUGCUUCUAGAAUGUCUCCACUCUCAAAAGGGAGAGAUGAACGUGUAAAUUCUUUCUCAGACAAAAUCAGAGACCCAUUGUCUUUUUAUGCUGGUGCUGAACACAGGAACAGACCUAUUGAUUCUUCCUCACGCUCCAAGUGUGUUUUAUUUAAAUCCGAGAGUCUCAAAGAUCACCUGAAAAGUGCUAUGACUGGAAAUGCCAGAGCCCAGACUCUGCAGGUCUCCAAGACCAAGCAGCUCAAAGAAGCUGUUUUAUCUGAAGAGAUUUUUGUGGCUAGGAAAGCUAUUGAAUCUUCUUCUCUUGAUAUAGGCCCUUUUUAUGGAUUACCUAGCAAGGUUAAAGAUUUAUUCAGACAACUUCGAGGGAUUGAAACACUUUAUGAGUGGCAGCAUGAUUGCCUAAUGUUAGAAUCCCUACAGCAAAGGAAGAACUUGAUAUACUCAUUGCCAACUGGUGGUGGAAAAACUCUUGUAGCUGAAAUAAUAAUUCUCCAAGAAUUACUCUGCAGGCAGAAGGAUGUUCUGAUGAUCCUGCCAUAUGUUGCCAUUGUCCAAGAAAAGGUUAGGGGUUUAUCGAGUUUUGGGAUAGAAUUGGGUUUCCUGGUUGAAGAAUAUGCAGGAAGUAAAGGAAGAUUUCCACCAAUCAAAAGGAGAGUAAAGAAAUCUCUUUAUAUUGCUACUAUAGAAAAAGGACAUGCUCUGGUGAACUCCUUAAUUGAAACAGAAAGAAUUGAUGAUCUCGGCCUGGUUGUGGUAGAUGAGCUGCAUAUGCUCGGGGCGGGAAGUCGUGGAGCAGUACUGGAAAUUACUCUGGCGAAAAUUCUUUACACCAGUAAAAAGACACAGAUCAUUGGCAUGAGUGCAACGUUAAAUAAUGUUGGAGACCUGCAGAAGUUCCUGCAAGCAGAGUACUACACUAAUAAUUUUAGACCGGUAGAAUUAAAGGAGUACAUAAAGAUACGAGACACCAUUUAUGCAGUUGACAGCAAAACAGAAAAUGGCUUUGCUUUUUCACAUCUCCUUAAUUUCAAGUAUUCUAGUAAUCUGGAGAAAGCAGAUCCUGACCACAUCAUUGCACUUGUUACUGAAGUUAUUCCUAAAUAUUCCUGUCUAAUCUUUUGUCCUACUAAAAAGAAUUGUGAAAAUGUGGCUUCAAUGGUGUGCAAGUACCUCAAGAAAGAAUUUAGAGCUCACAAGGAGAAAGAAAAACAAGAUCUCAUCAAGAACCUAAAGAGUAUUGGAAAUGGAACUGUCUGUCCUGUUUUGAAGCAGACAAUCCCUUUUGGUAUUGCCUAUCACCAUAGUGGCCUUACAAAUGAUGAAAGGAAAAGCAUAGAGGAAGCUUAUUCUGCAGGUGUCCUGUGUCUGCUUGCUUGCACAGCCACUCUAGCUGCUGGAGUGAACCUACCAGCUAGAAGGGUGAUUCUCAGAGCUCCUUAUGUUGGCAAUGACUUCCUGAAGAAGAACCAGUAUAAGCAAAUGAUUGGCAGAGCUGGUCGAGCUGGUAUUGACAGUGCUGGAGAAAGUAUUCUCAUAGUGCAAGAAAAAGACAAACACUUGGUUCAGGAUUUAGUUCACAGUCCUAUGGAGAACUGCUACAGCAAUCUUCUGCUGGAGUUGACCAAGGGAAUCCAAAGCCUGUUGUUAUCUUUGGUUGGACUGAAGAUAGCAGUUACCUGUGAGGAAGUGGACAAUUUUAUGUGCUGUACAUUGCUGGGUGUUCAGCAGCAGCUGCUGUCUCAAGAGAAGAGCCUCGCAGAGAUAAUUAAAGAUGGGCUGGAAAAUCUAAUAGAAAAAGGACUCCUAAAAGGAAGAAUAUCUGAGAAAGACCACAAUUCCAAAUCUACACUGACAAUCACACCCCUGGGUAAAGCUGCAUAUAAGGGCUCAAUAGACUUGGCGUACUGCAAUAUUCUGUACCGAGAAUUGAAAAAGGGUUUGGAGGGGCUGGUUCUCGAGAGCAAUCUUCAUCUCCUAUAUCUGUCAACUCCCUAUGAUAUGACUUGUAGCCCAGAUUGGAUGAUAUACUUGAGACAGUUUAACCAGCUAAGUGCAGCAGAGCAAAAAGUAGCAGAUAUUGUGGGAGUACCUGAAAGCUUUAUUACAAAAAAGGCUUCUGGUCAAGCCGUCAGAAAGAAUGUGGACAGUGCUGUGGUGAACAGGUUCUACCUGACAUUUGUGCUUUAUUCACUACUGAAAGAGACCAAUAUAUGGAGUGUUUCAGAGAAAUUUAACUUGUCCCGGGGGUAUGUGCAGAAUCUCCUCAAUUCUGCAGCCUCCUUUGCAUCCUGCCUUCUACAUUUCUGUGAGGAAUUGGAAGAAUUCUGGGUUUAUAAAGCCUUGCUGACAGAGCUUACCAAGCAGCUGACAUACUGUGUUAAGACAGAACUCAUCCCUCUGAUGGAGGUAGCAGGGGUUCUAGAGGCACGAGCAAAACAGCUUUACAACGCAGGGUACAAAACUUUAGCACACUUGGCUAAUGCAAAUCCAGAAACUUUGGUGAGGAUGAUUGAGCACUUGUCACGACGUCAAGCCAAACAAAUAAUUUCAUCUGCAAAGAUGCUGCUGAGUGAAAAAGCUGAGGCUUUACAGGAAGAAGUCGAAGAACUCUUAAAAGUGCCAACAGAUAUCCCAGGGACCCACUGAUUGUCAUGGAAAAAAGUAAUGAAUCCAAAAUUCAGAUAUUUUUAAAAUUUUUAACUCUCCUGUUUAAAGCUGCUGUAAUUUAAUAAAAAUUUAAUGUCUUUUGUA